GUUUCCAACUCUCAUGUGGUUCGAGGAAGGGAAGCAGAUGGAGUACACUGGUGGGCGGACCACCCAAACCAUUAUAGACUGGUGCUCAUCCAUGACCGGGCCGCCGGUAUUGGAAAACGCAGACCCAGCGCCACCUGGGAACGAGCGACCGCGCGUUGUGCUGCAGGGCAGCAGCAUGAGCCCGGUCUUCGAGCAGGUGGCAAAGGACCACCGGAGGAAGGCCACUUGGUAUUUCCAGAAGAACAGCGGCCCGCAGAAGAUCGUGCUGCAGCAUGCAGGGGAAGACCCCGUAGAAUUCACGGGCGCCGUGGAGAAUGCCACGCUGACCCAGUUCCUGCUGGACAACGCCCUGCCUUUGGUUGGCGAGCUGAACGCCGACACCUUCGACAAGUACUUGGAAGCUGGGAAAGGCCUGGUUUGGAGCCUUUUCCCUGUCAAAGCCGGUGAGGGCUUCGAGGAGCACCGCCAGAUCAUGGCAGAUGUUGCCAAGAGGUUUAGAGGCAAGUACUUCGUGACUCACACAGACACUGUAAAGUUCAAGGAGGCUAUCGACAACAUGCUUGGCAUCAGCAAGUUCCCGGCCAUUGCUGUACAGAAGCAGGCUGGUGAUAAGAAGAAGUUUGUCCACACUGGCGCAAUGACGGUGGAGCAGAUCUCGCAAUUCAUAGAGGAUGUGGGCCUUGGGAAGGUUGAGCCGGCCUUGAAGUCGGAACCCAAACCAGCAGUGAACGAUGAUGCCGUGAAGGUGGUGGUGGGCACCACUUUGCUACAGGAGGUCUUCACCCCUGACAAAGAUGUUCUCCUGGAAGUCUAUGCUCCCUGGUGCGGACACUGCAAGAAGCUCGAGCCCGAGUAUAGCAAGCUGGCGAAGAAGAUCAAGAAGGAAGAGUUGGGGGACUUGCUGUCCAUUGCGAAGAUCGACGGCACUGCAAAUGACAGUCCGGUCGACUCCCUGGACUGGAGCUCAUUCCCCACGAUCUUCUUCGUGAAGGCAGGGCAGAGCAACGCGACCGUGUACGACGGCGAGAGAACUGCCAAGGGCCUUUGGAAGUACAUCCGAAAGCACGCUACCAAAGCACAAGAGCUGCGCGAGCGGCUCGAGCGAAGAAAGGGCAACAAAGGAAGAGGUGAGGAGCUUUAG